AUGAGUGCCCUGGGCUGGCAACUGAAUACAUCCUUCAAGAAGUCAUUCACAACGCAAAACAGCUUCGUUUGCUUGGCCUAUCAGGCCAAAGCAGUGGCUGAACUUGGCAAGCUGACAGAACUGGAACAGCUCUAUUUGGAGGACUGGACAAAUCAUGGCACUAUCCCGAGUGAGAUUGGGCACUUGAAAAAGCUGACCACCCUGGACUUGAAUGCGAACUCUAUUUCUGGCAUUUUGCCAAGCGAGGUCUUUGAACUGACUGAGCUGACUUACCUUUAUGUUGGCUCCAACAAGUUAGAAGGCAAACUACCACCUGCUCUCUUUUCCAAACUUUCCCACUUGCAGCUCAUAUCCAUCAGUGACAACAUGUUCUCGGGCACUGUUCCUACAGAAGUGGGUCAACUGUCUGAUCUCAGGACGCUAGAAUUUCAGAAUACCAACCUUUCUGGCACCCUCCCUGCAGAAAGAAUACUCAUGCUGGAGAAGUUGACCAGCUUGGUAGUCACAGACACAUCCUUGUCGGGCAGCAUCCCUGAAGAGCUGUGUGACAGAAUGUACCUGCAGGAAAUGAAAUGCUUCGGUCCUACACCAUGUAAAGUCUUGCCAAUGAAUGCCAGCGCAUCAGUCUGCCAUGGCACUUCCCUCUGCGGGUGUGAUUGUGGUCCUUGCAAACUUAACUAA